AUGAGCACUGACUACACCUUUGAGGGCUGGAUGGGUGAAGACCCUUCAGCUGCAGAGGGAAACAUGGUCUGGAAGGAAUACGAACCAAAGCCAUGGGAAGAGACGGACGUUGACAUCAAAAUUACGCACUCGGGCAUCUGCGGUUCCGACAUCCACACCCUGCGAGCCGGAUGGGGCCCAACCGACUUCCCGUGCGUGGUCGGACAUGAGAUUGUCGGCAUCGCGGUCCGGGUCGGAUCCGAGGCAGAAGGGGAUAUCAAGGUUGGAGACCGGGUGGGAGUCGGAGACCGGGUGGGAGUCGGAGCCCAGACGGACUCGUGCCGAUCCCGCGACGGCCCCUGCGACGCGUGCGAGCACGACGAGGAGAACUACUGCUCAGACAUGCACCUGACAUACAACACGACGUACCGCACCGGCGGCAAGGCUUACGGGGGAUACGCCGUCUACCACCGCAGCCCGUCGCACUUUGUCAUCAAGAUCCCCGACGGCCUGAAGCCCGAGCACGCGGCACCGAUGCUCUGCGGCGGCGUCACCGUGUACUCCCCGCUCAAGGUCUUCGGCGCCGGGCCCGGGAAGCGGAUCGGCGUCGUCGGCGUGGGCGGCUUGGGCCACUUUGCCGUGCUCAUCGCCAAGGCCAUGGGCGCCGAUCGCGUGGCGCUGGCGCUCGGCGCGGACGAGUAUAUUGCAACCGAGGACGACGAGAACUGGUCCAAGAAGCACGCAAGCUCCCUCGACCUUCUCAUCUGCACCGUAUCAUCACCAAAGAUGCCCUUGCAGGAGUACUUUGACCUGCUCGCCCUCAACGGCACACUCGUGCAAGUGGGUAUCCCCGAGGAGCCCAUCCCCCUCAGCGCAUGGGCGUUGGUUCCUCAGCGCCGGCGACUGGUCGGGUCGCUCAUCGGCAGCCCAAAGGAGAUCGAAGAGCUCUUCCAGCUUGCCGCCGAAAAGCAGAUUGAGCCUUGGGUUGAGAUGCGGCCCAUGACCGACGCCAACCAGGCGAUCCUGGACAUGGAGGCGGGGAAGCCUCGGUUCCGCUACGUCUUGACCAACGAGUGAGCGACCGGAAGAUCGGUACACGGAAAAAGGAUUUUGUGUUUGCAUGGUCCGGGCUGUUCCUGGUCCUUCAAAGUCCUGGGGAAGUGAUCCUGUGGUGUUCAGCCCAUUUCUUUCCCGUAUCCGCAUCCCUCAUCACAAUUCCCAUGUAACAACAGACAAAAGUACAAUUUCGAUACGCGGUAGAGUUUGAGGGGGCUUGGAAAUAGAUGACGAUUUGAAUGACAGCAUGGGUCAGCAAUGGCGAUUAUUUCGAGAUGGCUACUGGGCAACCGAACAGGGGACUAUUAUCAUAUUAUGUAGUUUUGAAUCCCAUUAUUCUUGCAGA